UCUAUAAGAAGGACCAGGGAAGGUCCUGACUCCAGCGACCUAGACCUUCAGCACCAAGAACAGCUCCCAGCUCCCAGCCAGCAUGUGUAUCAGCCCGGACAGGAUCUCCUCUUACCGCCGCUACUUCGAUGAGUCCAGCAGCAUUUCGGAGGUGAGGGUGAGGGUAAGCAGCCCUUCCCCUCCCAGGAACAGGAGGUCAGCCAGCUACAGCAGGGGGGCACGUGAGGAGCACACUGUCAUAUCCAAGAGGACAGCCUCAGCCACACGUAGACCCCGCAGUAUGGUGGCUUCGGGUUUUGCGCUCCCUGCGGUGGAUCUAGAGACAGCCAGUGCAGCCAAUCAGGAGUUCCUCAGCUCCAGGUGCAGCGAGAAAAAGGAGAUGGUGGUCCUAAACGACAGGUUAACUAAGUACAUCGAGAGGGUGAGAGAUCUGGAGCAGGAGAAUGCCACCGUGCAGGUGGAGCUAGAAGCUCUUCGCAGUCGAAGCGUUGGGCCUUCCGCGCUCAGGGCCUUGUAUGAGGAGCAACUGCGGGACCUGCGCAGAGAGGCGGAACAAGCCAAAUUUCAAAGGGAUGUAGCAGUAGCUGCCAAAACAUCAGCGUCUGACCAGCUCAGCUCCAUAAAGAAACGCUAUGAAGAGGCUGUGGAAGGCAGGAAAAAGGCUGAAGGGGACGUUGAAGCUUUCCGCCCUGAUGUGGAUAAUGUCACAGCAGGACGAAUAUCGCUGGAGAAAAGACUGGAGACCCUGGAAGCAGAGAUUGCCUUCCUACAGAGGGUUCAUGGUGAGGAGAUUGAAGAACUGAUGAAGCAGAUCUACAGUAUGAGCGCAUCCUGUGAUCUCUCCUUCUCCAUCCCAGACUUUGCUGCUGCUCUAAGGGACAUACAGACAGAAUAUGAAGAAAUUGCAGCCAAAAACCUGCAGGAGAUGCAGGAAUGGUACAGCAGCAAAUUUGUUGACUUCAAUCAGGCAUCUACACAGCAAGCAGAACACGUGAGACAUUACCGAGCAGACAUGGCCAACUACAAGAGAAAUAUUAAAUGCAAAGAAUGUGAGCUUGAAUCAAUGAAGAACAGAAAUGCAGCAUUGGAAGCACAGGUUAAGGAAAUGCAAGAAAAGUACAGAAAUGAGAUAAAUGAGUUACAUGAAAGAAUACGUGAACUGGAAGAGAAGCUAAAAGCAUUUAAGGAGAAAAUUGCUCUUCAUCUAAGAGAAUAUCAGGACUUACUAAGUGUGAAGAUGGCUUUGGAUAUUGAGAUAGUCACAUACAGGAAACUCAUAGAAGGGGAAGACUCUAGAAUUGGUACAUCUGUAUGUGGAAUAAAUUCACAGAGUGCAUUGGUGACAGGAAUGCAAGUGAGCUCUACAGAAAGCAUCUCUACUCGCCAACAGAAGACAACUGUCCACCUUAGCAGAUAAUCUGGUGAAGAGGACAUACCUGGGGACUGUAUGAGUCUCUCUAAGUGAUGUGGGCUGUUUGCUUCGAAAGUGAGCUAGAUGACCGGUCUAGGAAAGAUCCUGAUCAUUGGCUGCGCAAUUGCUAGCUGGGGAGCCCACAGAACGUAAAAUGGAUCCAAAUAUCGCUUUGCGUAAUCAUAUAUUAACAUAAUCAUAGCUUGCUGAAUAAAGUUUUUGAGCAUUAA